UCUGCAUGUUUUGCGUUCAAUUCAAACAGAAUAAAUCUUGCACAACUAUUUUGCAAGUUUUGAAUUUUAUAUCAAUGUUGUUCUAAAACUGAAUAAAAGUGCACACACUGAUCUAAAAAUUCAUGAGGCAGCAAAAACAAUGCAGGAUCUGCAGAAAUAUAUUUUUUACAGCAACGUUAUCAAUUCGGCUUAGCCUUUUUUGCCUUGCGGAGAGCAUCAAUCAUUUCACUAAUUUUCCUUCCACAAGAGAUUUAUAGCAAUUUUGACGUAUAUUGUGUCCGGUACAAUUAUGACAGCCGUUUGGAAAGUUUUUGAUAAAUUGCACAAUUCAAUAGUUACUCCCGUUUUACAUGACGAUGUAAAAUUUUUUGUAGAGCUCCUAGUGAAACAUUAACAAGUUGGUAAUUUACUGCACAAUUGUUUUAGAUGUACUUAAAGUUGUUCUACAGUGAUUUUUUGGUAGUAUUGUGAAACAUAACAGUGAUAAGUUGCAAAAAAAAUUUAAAUAUAUAUUUCUAAACAUAUCUAACAUAAAUAACAUUUCUAAAUCAAGUUCAAUAAGUUACAUUUGCUACUUGGGAGGUUUAGUGCAAAUGAGAAUGUACAAAUAAACUUAAGAACAUGCUUAAAAGGACUCAAAAUAAUAGCAAAUUCCAAGCAAAAUCGAUACGAUCUUUGAUGGAUUACAGCAUCUCUAUAGAAAAAUAAAAACACGCUAACAUAGAAACACGCUCUAUAGAAAAAUAAAAACACGUCUCAUUUCCGAAGCAGGAAUCAAUCCUGCUAUUAUAUAUGAUAUCAACAAGUGUUAAUUGAUAAUGACUCUAAUUACCUUAUUCCGACAGCAUGUUGAAUAUGAAAAAAAUAUUAUUAGAUUGAAAGCAUUGGAUUAAACCACUGCAGCAGUUUCUAGCAAACAAAGUUGCCAAACCCCGGUCGGAGAGUAAAAACAUUUCCGCUGGUCCGGAUAAUCGGAUACAACGAUUGGGUUUCGUCACGCAACGAAAACAAAAAGCGCAAACGAACACUACGCUUAUAAAUCCGAUGGUUUUGCAUUUCUGCUCACAUUACAUUUGUUUCGACGAAACGACGCCAUGGAGUGCAAACAUCGUUGCAGUCGCACGCAGCUUGUUCUGGUCUUGCUGAUCCUAGGAUGGGCAAAGGGAAAGAACGUGGUUGAGAUCACGGAUUUCUGGCAGGACUGUGAAAACGGUAAGCCUAUGAUAUCGGUUGAUCUUACUGACCUUGAAAUGGGUGAAGACGAUGAAGGAAAUCCUACAUUAAUGGGAAAAUUCGUAUUCGAGGCAGAUUUCAACGAUCCAACUAAGAUGAUAGUUUCUUCCGAACGUCUGAGGCAGGGAACUUGGACCCCUGAUGCAAUAACACGUGACGUAGCCAAUAUGUGUCCGCUGAUAUUGGAAGAGAAUGAGGUUUGGUACGCAGUUUCUAGUCAGAUGAACCAGACAACAUGUCCAUUCAAGAAGGGGCACGUGGAGUCAUUCAGCAACGUCCUGGUGAAUAGCUACGGAGUUGACAUACCGCAUUCGUUUAUUGGCGACUGGCGAAUAUAUAUCGAGGUUACCACCGAAAGGGAAGACGGAGAGCACACCGAAUGCUUUCGGAUGGUGUUCACCAUCAAGGAAAUAUAGACGAAAUGGAAGAUAUAUUUGCUAUAGAGCUGUUAUUUAUAGUUCCAAAGUUUCGUUUAAAGUAUAAACAUAUUUCGACACGCAAAAACGACGAAUUCUCUGUUUUUUCUUUUAAAUUAUCGAAUUGUUGCUUUCACCGAAAAAAACCCUUUUCUGAACCCUUCCAAGCGGGCACCGCUCUCCCAGAUAGAACUUUCGGCAGUUUACUUUGAACUACUAAGUAGCAUGGCAGUUCAACAUGAACUGUUGUUCAGUGACAGGUCGAAGAUUAAAUUUCCGCAAAAAAAAGCUACGGAUUUCAUACAUUUCCUGUCUCUAUGUAAACCCAUCCGACAGAAAAAAAACAUAUCUGCACAUUCUGCUUUGCCGUCAG